GAAGUUAUGGGAAAAGAAAAUAUUCAUAUCUGCUCCCUCCAUUUAUAUAUUUCCGUGAAUUCCUAAACCCUAGAGCUAUCUCUGUUUUUUAUAUCUACCUUUUUAAAUAUGUGCAAUUAGAUCUCGCUUCGAUUAGAUCUUUGCUACUCGAUGUUACAUAAUCUCAGUUUCCGUCUUUUCAAACUCCCGAGAAAAUUCAGCGAUCCAAUGAUGCUUUGAAUUGCGUGUAUUUUGUUGGAAAAAAUUGGCCUUGGUUUUCUCGGUGGUGAAUUCGUAUUUUCUUUAUAGGAAAUAUUCUACGAUUGGAGCACCCGACGGGAAAAGAUAGGACUUUCUGAUUAGCGAGAAACGGAGAGUGAAUGAGAGAGGGAAUGGGGACGGGUUCGAAGAUGGAAGGACCUUCGGCCCCAGCUAAUCGGAGAGACCCCUAUGAGGUACUGUGCGUUUCGAGGGAUUCCACCGAUCAGGAAAUCAAAACGGCGUAUCGGAAGCUUGCUCUCAAGUAUCAUCCUGACAAGAAUGCCGCCAAUCCUGAGGCUUCUGAACUUUUCAAGGAGGUUGCAUAUUCUUAUAGCAUCUUAUCUGACCCUGAGAAGAAAAGGCAAUAUGACAGUUCAGGGUUUGAGGCUCUUGACGCUGAUGGCAUGGAUAUGGAAAUUGACUUGUCUAAUCUUGGUACUGUCAAUACAAUGUUUGCAGCUUUAUUCAGCAAGCUGGGUGUCCCUAUUAAGACUACAAUUUCUGCAAACGUUCUUGAAGAAGCCCUAAAUGGCACUGUUACAGUCAGACCCCUCCCAAUUGGAACAGCAGUUAGUGGAAAGGUAGAAAAGCAAUGUGCCCACUUCUUUGGUGUAACAAUCAAUGAGCAACAAGCUGAGGCUGGGAUUGUAGUAAGAGUUACCUCAUCUUCACAGAGCAAAUUCAAGUUGCUUUAUUUUGAACAAGAUGCAAAUGCUGGUUAUGGCUUGGCAUUACAGGAAGAUAGUGAGAAGACUGGUAAGGUGACAUCUGCAGGGAUGUACUUUUUGCAUUUUCAAGUGUACAGAAUGGAUUCAACUGUGAAUGCGUUAGCAAUGGCUAAGGACCCUGAAGCCGCUUUCUUUAAAAGGUUGGAAGGCCUUCAACCUUGUGAGGUCUCACAGCUAAAAGCCGGAACUCACAUAUUUGCUGUUUACGGAGACAAUUUUUUUAAGACUGCUAGCUAUACGAUUGAGGCGCUUUGUACAAAGUCAUUUGAGGACACAACAGAGAAGCUGAAGGAUAUCGAGGCUCAGAUUUUAAGAAAGAGAAAUGAGCUACGUCAAUUUGAGACGGAAUACAGAAAGGCAUUGGCACGCUUUCAAGAAGUGACCAAUAGAUACAACCAGGAAAAGCUGUCUGUGGAUGAGCUUCUGAAACAGCGAGACAAUAUCCAUUCUUCAUUCUCUGUAGCAAGAGUAGCCAAUGGUAGUUGGAGUGGCAGUAAUUUAAGUAAUGGCAGUAGUAGCAAAAUUACUGGGGAAGAUUCAAAGGCAGAGAGUCCUGGGGAAGAUGGAAGCUCAGAUGGCAAGGAUAAAUCAGCCAAAAAGAAAUGGUUCAAUAAAAAGUUUGGUUGAGAAGGUGUUCGUCUUAUUCUGUAUUAUUCAAGUGCUUGAAUAUCCAUCCUUUAGUUUAUAUGUUUGGGCGUCUAGGUUGCUGCUUACAAAGGCUUGCAUUGAAUUCCAUGUUCGAUUUUUCUCCGAGCUCCCACAACAGGUUUUCCCUUACUGGUUUUACAAUUUGGUUGUAAAAACAUUUGAGAUUUUAAAGGUAUGUGUAUUAAUGCCGUUUUAUUCAUGAUGCUACUAAGGAAGACACUUAGUAGAUUCAUUCCUCUUUGGUUUUUAUUUGUAAAAAUGAAAUCUUCACUCCUUGAAGCAUCUUCUUCUAAUGAAUGUGCACGAAGAUUUGAAGUA